UCUGACGUUUCUCAUAGUACGUUAAAAACCGUGAACCGUGCCGUACAUCAAAAAAGACCAAUCCGACCAGAUCUCUAGCGCUUCCUGCCUUGGUACGAUGAGAAAAAAACCCGUAGCAACGCACGGGUAUUCAGCUAGUUAAUCUCAUACGGAAAUUGCCUAAUAAUCCAACAUAAGCAUCCCCCAUCCCCUACUCCGACCCACAGUGCCCGUUCCUCCGACUCAGGCCAUGGAUGCAGGCAGCUCCAACUCCGCGUAUCGCAAGCGCAAGCGCGACCUCAACGCCAACGGAGGGCCCUCUAGCCCCGAGUCGAAGCGGCGCCUUUUCCCCGCGGACGUCGCCGAACCCAACCGCCGCGCCGCCAAGGUAGCCAAGAUGGAUCUGUCGCCUAACGAACUGUUGCUCCUGGUCAAGCAAGCAACAGACCUGGCCACUGCCGCCUCGGCAACAUGGCGGCUCUACGCGAUGAGGCAGAGGAGGGGGUACGGCGAGCUCGCGCCCCUUCUGGAGUUCCAGAGCCAUAUAUCUGCGAUGCGCGCCAAAGCAGCGGAGAUUCGUGCUAACACAGCCGGGUGGCCUACGGUGGAGAUGCAACCUGACCUGUCCGGCCCCGCGAUGGCCGACGGGCAGCUAGCCGGCGCCAGCCUCCCACCUAGUCUGAACGAGAGCCACGAGAUCCGCGUUCAUGGCGACGUCGGAACCGCGCCGCGUGCUGUCGCCGAAGCAGGUUCUGGCAGCGCAGAGUAGUUCUUCUGCCUAAGCUGGUCCUUAUCAACAUGUAACUAGUACUCCCCAGUAGCAAGUGUAGAGUUUUUUUUUUUUGCGAAUAAUAUCAAGUGUAGAGUUAGUGCCCCUUUUGGUGAUGGAUUCAGGAAUUCAGACUCCUCGUAGCAGCAGCCUCCCUGUUUCGAGAACUACCAGUUCUGAAUCUCUGUUGCUUUUGUGCAAUUAUUGUAUCUCUGGCACGAGAUGAUGGUUAAGCUCAGGACACCGGAUUGACUGAUAUCUUUCCCAUAUGCCAA